ACAAUAAAUUACUGUUUAAUAGUUUGAUUGUUCGAUUUUUCUCAAAUACACACGUAGAUGACGACAGUGAUGCAAUGUAAGAUGCUAAAAAACAUAACGUAUUAUGUUGACGACCAGCUGACAUAAUGUUAUGUUGUGAGCACACUUGUGCAACUAGUCCAAUGGAAGUUAGACAGGUGUACUAUGAGCACACUCGCACAGUGAUCUGAAAACACAAUGGGAGCCCUCAAUAGGGAGGAAAUGCAUCCAUUCAUUGUUCUGGCAAGGAAGGCAGUAUCUGGUUGCUAUGACCAGAAAUCAUUGUGGCAGCAUGUGUGUUAAUGAAUUACCUGUCUGACCAGGUUUGGCAUUUUUGUGACUGUCAUUUUAUAGGUUGUUACUAGAGGUUAUAUGUUUUUGUAUAGGGAAACAAAAACAAAAAUGCAUAACAAAAUGAGGAGUUAUCCAAAAUCAGAUUUUUUUUUUGCUUAGAAAACACAACUCCUGCUGUUAAAACCUAAACUAAAACUAAUAAAAAACAGUAACCUGAAACAGCCGCUAAGAGGUGAGAGUGCCACAUGCCAAAAAAAAAAAGAAGCUUACACUUGCAACAUAAAGGUCAAACAGCACAAAAGCACAUAUGAGUGCAGCCUGGGUCAUGUCCUUAAACACUCUUUGCACUUUUGCUAAAGUAGAAUUGUGACAUGAAACUUUUAGCAUAUUAGUACAAUGCAGCUGCUGUGGUAGUAGUGCAUGUUGAUUUUCUUUCAUUCGUUUCAAUUAUUUAUUAGCUCUCUCAAUUGAAGAAAAAAAGUGUGAUUUAUAUAAAUAUGUCCUUUUCAAUAUUUUGAGGACAUUUAGUUUUAGUAAGAGCAAAAACAAGACUUUAGCUAGUGGCUAUUACUUUGUCCUCAAGCCUUUGAGGGAGAAUGCAUCUCAACACUUUCUCUCCCUGGAUGAACAUAAAAGUCUAAAGGGAAGAGGCAUUGCACAGCAGUAGAGAGGUGUGGCCACAUAGCUCUCAUGACAGGUAAACAAGAGGAGGAGCUAGAUUACCUGUGCAGAGCUGGCAGUCAGUGCACAGUGAGCAUUACACCUGUUGCACUUCCCAGGCUCUCUGUCUGUCUCUCUCUCUUCUCUUCUUUUUCCCCUUGACUGGUCUGAAAGCACAUAGGGAGCCUACGGCCACGCCAUGGAUCCCAGCGAGGCCUGCGGGAGUGAGAAGGAGAAGGAAAAAGAGAAGGAGAAAGUAAUAAAGAGGAGGAACCGGCCUGUGUUUCUGCGUUAUCUGGAGAGGAGAAGGACGGACACUAUUGUGGCUGAUGACUCGGCCAAAGGUGACAUCAACCUGGGAACACUCGUGAGGAGGAGUCAGUCAGACAAGACAGAAUACAGCGCCAAACUUAAAGAGAAAAUGACACCACAUGACCUGUCCACACCCCCCUCUCCAGCAAUGGACCCAGAGGAGGUCCGGUUGAGGAAGAUGAAUCGCAGGGCAAAGGUCAUUCAGGAGCUUGUGCAGACUGAAAAAGACUACCUCACAGACCUGGAGCUGUGCAUCAGAGAGGUGGUCCAGCCUCUACGGAAUUUGCAGGUUGUGGAUGUAGACAGGUUGUUCACCAACAUGGAGAUACUGUGUGAGGUAUCUGCAACACUUCUUCACAGAAUGUAUGAGGCCAUGGCUGACCCUGAUCUAGAAGCAGUUGUCAUAGGAGAAGUAUUCAUCCAGGCGAAGGCAGCUUUAGAAGAUGUAUAUAAGGUUUACUGUUACCAUCAUGAUGACGCCAACAUGGCACUCAAAUCCUAUGAGAAAGAAGAAGAAAUAAAACAACAUUUCAACACAUGUGUAUUAGCUCUAAAGAAAAUUUAUGACCAAGAAGGGAAACCCAACUUACUGAACAUGGGUUCGCUGCUCAUUAAACCUGUGCAGAGGAUCAUGAAGUACCCGUUGCUGCUCAGAGAGCUGUGGCAGGCCACACCUGAAGACCACCCUGACUAUCGGCCACUGCAGGAGGCAUUCACUGCUGCCAAGAUCAUCAACGUAAACAUCAAUGAGUUCAAAAGACGCAAGGAUAUAGUUAUGAAGUAUAAGAGGUUGGAAGAUGAAGGCACACUGAGGGGCAAACUACACAAGUUCAACAUCCACUCUAUCCGCAAGAAAGGAGACAGGUUUGCUGGCUAUCUCAAGAUCCUCACUGGAGUUGAAUCCCAGGUGAGAGAUGAAGUAUUCGACAGAGAGGAGAAGUUGUUCAGGAGUUUGGAGAAGGCAGUGAGGCAGCUGGUCAAGAAUGUUCAAUGUUACCUGCAGCACAUUGAGGAGAUGGUGUCUGUAGCUGUUCAGAAUGUCCAGGACAUGGAGAACAUCGUCAAGGAUCCAAACAAAAAUGGCAAAAACGGCUCAUCGCACAACAAUGGAAAUGACCCCUAUAAGCACUUUGUAUGGUUUCUUUUAUAGAUUAGUUCUUAAUUUACUUUACUGUUCAGCUUUUCU